UCAGAAACUAGCCGUUACCCCCUUCUCUCUCUCUCUCUCUCUCUCUCUCUCUCUCUGUGACGAGGACUCUAAUGGCGGUUUCUUUGGAUGGAUCAUCCCCUGCUCUCCUCGACAAGGAAGCGACCAUCUCAAUGAACUCUCCUCCUCUGCUGAGCCCCUCUUCGGAGAAACGCUUCUGGAGUGCUCUUCGUAGCCGGGUCGAUACCCUUCUGGAGAAUCGGAAGCUCAGUUCACCAAUCCAAUCUGCUCUCCCCGAUCUCCACCUCCCGGCCCGCGAAGGAGAUGCUGUUGAAGAAUCCGAACAGGGAAAGAGCUUGAAGGAAGACUGUGCGCUGCUGCUAAGAGGGUUCGACUCAGUUGCCUCUUCCCUUUCUCAGCUAACUAGCAACUUAGACGCUGCUCUUCAGGGAGCAAGGGAUCUAGCUAAACCAUCUCUAACAGAACUAUUACACAGUGAUCCAGAGAAGCCAAUAGAUGAAAAGGAAGAACAAGAAGAAGAAAAAGAAAAGGAAGGAAAUAUGAAAGGACUAAAGAGGAAAUGUGAUUCUCUUGAAACUUCUGAAAACCAGGAGGCCCCUGUGAAGAAAGAAAAUGAACAAAGCCCCAAAAGCGGCAAGCUGAAGAAAGCUAGAAAUCUUGCAGUUUCCAUGGCAACCAAAGCGGCUGUUCUUGCAAGAGAAUUGAAAUCAAUAAAAUCGGACUUGACUUUUAUGCAAGAGAGAUGUUCUCUGCUUGAGGAAGAGAACAGAAGGCUACGUGAAGGAUUUGACAAAGGGAUGAGACCUGAAGAAGAUGAUUUGGUGAGACUUCAAUUGGAGGCACUGCUGGCAGAGAAGUCCAGAUUGGCAAAUGAGAAUGCAAACCUGAUUAGAGAGAACCAAUGCCUUCACCAACUUGUGGAAUACCACCAACUCACCUCUCAAGAUCUCUCAGAAUCCUACGAGCAAGUGAUACAGGGAAUAUGCCUAGAUUUUUCAUCGCCACCACCACCAAUAGCAGAAGAGGCAAAUGAAGGAGAUGAUGGUGAUAACAUUGAAUCUCCUGGAACACCCCAAAGCGACACUUUUGGGAUCUGUUCUUCUCUUGAAAAGAAGUAUUGUAUGGAAUAAAAAAGUAAAAACCCUGUUCAAAUUCAUCUAGAUACUAGAUUUUAUUUUUUUGUAUUCCUUGCAUAAAGCUGUUAAAUUCUUAAGUUUAAUGGCUUUGCUAUA